GUCCGAGGCCCCGGCCCCGGCCCCCGCCCCCGCCCGGGAGCCGCGAGAUCCGGUUCCCGUUCUUCCCCCGGGGAGUCCCGAGCCGGGGCCGGGCCGGGGAGCCGGGCGCUGCCCCCGCCAGCGGGGCUCGGGCCGGGGGAGGCACCGCUGGGCGCCCUCGAGAGGGGGCCGGGCGGGGACGCGGCGUUCCAGGAGUCCGCUCGGCGGGGGCCGGGAGGUGGCCGGGAGCGCGGCGGGGAGCCCGGGCGACCCGCAGACCUGGGAGGCGGCAACCUGGAGCCCGGCGAGGCGGGGUCCCGGGGAUCCCGGAGGACGGAGCCCCGCGCCAAAGUCGGGGAGAUCGGGUCCGAGGCGGGCGCGGGGCUGCGGGAGGGAGACGCGGCGCGCGGGGCCGCGGGGGCCGGGGAGGAAGAGGGAGGAAGGGGGGAGGCACCGGGGAGCCCCAGGCCGGGCCGGCGGGAGGCGCGCGGAGGCCGACACCUCGGGCCGCGCCGCUCUCCCUCCCCGGCCCGCCGGGAGGGGAGGGCGGGAAGGAGGGCGGGCGAGAGGAGAGAGAAGGGCGGAGGGCAGAGCCGGGCUGGGCCGGCUCGGGCCGCGGGAGUCGCGGCUUCCUCGAUGCGCGCCGCGCGGCCGGAGCCCACCAUGCUGCCCGCGGCCGGGGAGCCGGCGGCAGGGGACUCGUGGGGGCUGCUCGCUUGCCUGUGCACCGUGCUGUGGCACCUCCCUGCUGUGCCAGCCCUCAACCGCACAGGGGACCCGGGGCCUGGCCCCUCCAUCCAGAAAACCUAUGACCUCACCCGCUACCUGGAGCACCAACUCCGAAGCUUGGCUGGGACCUAUCUCAACUACCUGGGCCCCCCUUUCAACGAGCCUGACUUCAACCCACCGCGGCUGGGGGCAGAGGCUCUGCCCCGGGCCACGGUCAACCUGGACGUGUGGCGAAGCCUCAACGACAAGCUGCGUCUGACCCAGAACUACGAGGCCUACAGCCACCUCCUGUGCUACUUGCGGGGCCUCAACCGCCAGGCUGCCACGGCCGAGCUGCGCCGCAGCCUGGCCCACUUCUGUACCAGCCUGCAGGGCCUGCUGGGCAGCAUUGCGGGCGUCAUGGCGGCGCUGGGCUACCCACUGCCCCACCCUCUGCCCGGCACUGAGCCCACCUGGGCCCCUGGCCCUGCCCACAGUGACUUCCUCCAGAAGAUGGAUGACUUCUGGCUGCUGAAGGAGCUGCAGACCUGGCUGUGGCGCUCAGCCAAGGACUUCAACCGGCUCAAGAAGAAGAUGCAGCCCCCGGCCGCUGCGGUCACCCUGCACCUGGAGGCCCGCGGCUUCUGACCUCUGACCUUCACCACCUUCUCCCUCCCGCCCCUCCAAACCCUGCCCCCACUCCAGGAGGGAGAAGUGCAAACGUGGUUGCCAACACUUGUCGAGCCAGGGGACAGAAGCCAUGAGCCUUGAGCUCUCCGUGGCCUCGUGGCCUGGGAGCGGGUGAUGCGGUAAAGGCCACGGCCUCCCCACUCCCCAGGGUCCAGCAGGUCUGGGAAGAGGUGCAAUGGGCCCCAGCCCGGUUCCACAGGAUGGAAUGCUCAAAGGAGCCCAGAGUGGUGCCAGUCGGUGCAAGGCUCUCACAGCUUCCUGCUUCCUGCCCACUACUGGCCAGUGCCCACCCAGCCCCCCGAGUGGCACUUCCAGGAAGCAUGUCUGUAGGUGGGGAGGGGGCCACCAUCGCAUGUGCCUUUUUGGGGUGAAGCCCUCUGGCUUCCCCGCUCUCCUUACAUGGGUGUUGCUCCCCUACCCCCCCAAAGGACCCAACACAUCCAGUUCAGAAAACAAACAACAGUGGCAGAGUCCAAACAGGAAGAGAUGGGAUUAAAAAUGGAAGUGGCAGGGGCCUCAGUGGAGGAAAUACUGAAAGCAGACGGGCAGGGACAGACCGGACCCAGGGGUCACCCAAGCAGCUGGUGGCCCGGGGUGGCAACCAAAAGGACAGUGCCUUGAAUUUUCUUGUCAGCUUCAGGGCGCCUCCUCCCACCCCCUUUCCCAGGGUAUCUGUGGGCGGCCCCGGCUGGGGAGGGCAGCCACAGCCACAGCCACAGAAUUUCCUGAAAGUUUACAUUGCAGUAGCAUUUUGGGGUGCGGGGGCAGCUCCCCCAGGCCCUGCCCUCCCCAGCCCCACCCACUCAUGACUCUAAGUUUGUUGUAUUAAUAUUUAUUUAUUUGGAGAUGUUAUUUAUUAGAUGAUAUUUAUUGCAGAAUUUCUAUUCUUGUAUUAACAAAUAAAAUGCUUGCCCCAGAA